AUGAAUUGCCUAUCUUGCUUAAUCAAAGAAAAGGCUUCGCAAGAGCUUGGCGUUCCUUUUGAUGAGGGUGAGGAUUAGCAGAGCUGGCCUAGGCACUCCAUUGUAUCAUCAAGAGACCUGUCUAAUAUUACUAAUUGGGUUACAUUUCAUUUUACAAGUUGAAGGGAUAGAAAAUAUCCGGAUCUACUCUUACAAGGAACUGAAACAGGCAACUCAAGGUUUUCAUGAUUUUAACAAAAUUGGCAAAGGAGGUUUUGGUUCUGUUUACCAGGUAAUCCAUUUUGUGAUCAUAUGCGUAUUGAGGAUUGUUUAGAUCAAACCCUACUUGAUUAUUUUUCUGUUGAUGCAACUUUGUCCGGGUCCUAACCAUUUCCUGACACAUGAUCAGAGAGCCCAUAUCUCAUCCAGUUUUCUAGUGAUAACUGAAUCCUAUGAGCAUACGUUUGAUCAAGCUGAAUUAAUCUUUUGGUUGUGGAUAUACAGGGAAAACUUAAAAAUGAGGCAGUCGUUGCAAUCAAGGUGCUGUCAUCCGAGUCAAAACAGGGAGUGCAAGAAUUUGUAUCUGAGCUGAAAACAAUUGCCAAUGUGGUUCAUGAAAACCUUGUUGAACUUUAUGGUUGCUGUGUGGAAGGGAAUCACAGAAUAUUGGUAUAUAAGUAUCUCGCAAAUAAUAGUCUUGCACAUACCCUCCUUAGUAAUCUGUCCCUCCUUGCCUAUGUGUCUAUUUGUAUAUAUAUUCCUCUUUUCAGCUCUUUGCAUUUGUUGUGAAUUUCACUCAUCUAUUGCCGACUUUCAGGUAAGAGAUCCAGUAAUAUUCGUUUAAACUGGAGAGUGCGAGCUGGAAUUUGCAUUGGCAUUGCCCGUGGUCUUUCCUUUCUUCAUGAAGAAAUAAAACCUCAUAUUGUGCACCGAGAUAUCAAAGCAAGUAAUAUUCUUCUUGAUGAUGAUCUCACACCGAAAAUAUCUGAUUUUGGUCUUGCAAAGCUGUUUCCACCAAAUAUGACACAUGUCAGCACCCGAGUUGCAGGAACAAUGUGAGUUGUGCAUUAUCUUUAGUUGGAAACAAUGGGGAUCCUUCGUUAGUCUGAGAGUUCUCAAUUUUAAAUUCGGUUUCUUUUUUUUGUUUUGAGGGGGGGAGGGGAGAGGGGGGGGAGGUGUGGAGGCAGGGGGCCAUGACACGUGCAGAGGUGAAGAGCUCAUUGUAGCUUGCCCAUUUCCUCUUCUAAUCCACAAUUACACCUGUGAAAUGCAGGGGUUACCUGGCACCUGAGUAUGCAAUAAGCGGGAAGUUGACAAGAAAAGCAGACGUUUACAGUUUUGGUGUUCUUCUUUUGGAGGUAAUUAGUGGUAGAUGCAAUACAAACAAACGAUUACCUGUUGGAGAUCAGUUCCUUCUUGUAACGGUAAGCAAAUUUAUUAUCUAUGUACAUGGAAAACGCUUUUCUACUAUGCGAUCUUAUUUAUAAUCCUUUCUUUGUGAGUUGGCACAUUGACUGUAGAAACUCAUCUAGUAAAGUCAAAUGUUGAUGGAGAUUCAGCAAAUCCCUCAUGGGACUUUUUGUUGAUGCCUCUCACCACUUGUAGAGAGUGGAAAACGAGAAGAACAAGGGUUAGGAGAGAGAGGGUGAAGAACCUUGUGUGGUGUGUAGCGAUCUCCUUGAGGAGAGAAAGGGAGUCAAUUUCAUUGGCUUCCGACCUCAAAGAAUUUAUAAAUUAAUCACUAAGCAUUCGCAAAGUACUUAAAAAGUGUUUUAAAUAAUCCUAGCUCUUGGGGGUAUGAAAGAGAACAAUGCAAGAUGUAGGUUAUUAUAUUUUAGAUGGGUUACUGGAUCUUUAAAGCCAUCAAUGGUUGUGUAAUAUCUAUAAACACUUUAUACAGAUAGGUAUGAAUAUCCCAUUAGUGAAGAUAGCUGCAACCUUAUCUCAGAGUGCAGUGAAGGAACUUAGUAUUCCUUAUGUUUCUUGUGCCUAGCAGUCGUGAUUCAUUAGGACCUAAUGUGCCUCAAUGUCUUAGGGUCAGAAUUCUUUUAGACUUUAUACAGAUCUUGGUCUUUGUCCUUUGGACGCACUGUAAAACUUUUUAAGUUAGUUUAUACCAGAUGAGCCAAAUCUGGAGCCAAAAGAAGAAGACAGGCUGGCCUCAUUUUUGGUUGAUUACGAGAGGCCCAGUGGGCUGAGUCCAGCAACGCAAAUGCAAAGAAACAAAUUUUUAUAGUACGUCAAUCUGCUGCCUCUCUCCACACUCACAUGUAAUCUAUUUUUUUGAGAACUGUGAACCUUAGCUGAAAGAUUGUGCUUUGUUAAGUUUUAGGCUCUACCUUACCUCCUAUAGUUUCAUGCCAUAGUCAAAAUCUAUUUUAUGCUAUAACCUUCCCUUCAUGGACUGGAAACUUUCUUUUAUUGUGGGAAAGCAUGCAGUUGCGAAUUUUAUGGCCUUCCAAUAGUCAAAAUUUUCAGUUCCGAUGACCAGCUUUUGGAUGCCUACGUUUUCAGCUGCAAUUUCUGCGUCUAGAGAGUUGACUCCCAAAAUUUGAAAUUCAUCUCUGUUACCUAGUUAAGUUUCAUGUAUAUUUUCUAUUUGAAGUUUCGCUCAUUAAAGUUUUUCUAAGUUUUUAAAAUCAAAGCAAAAACGAAUGACAGUCCAGGAUAGGAAACGAAAUUCAAUUCAUGAAGCCAUUGUGAUGUAAGAAUUAUUUAAUUUUAAGAUCUGCUCCUAGAACCUUUUUCAUAAUCAAAAUAUUAUGAACAGGAAGUUGAGAUGCAUUGUGCCUUGUGUUUAGCAUUUAAAGAAGUCUGUGUGGUGGGUUGUGUCUAGUCAUUUGGGAUUUAAUAAGGCCCUAUGUGGGUUUUUGUGCCGAGUGGUCAAGGUCGUUUUAAAACCUCGUGUCCAACGUCAAUAUAUAAUUAACUUUGUCAACCUUGGGUCUUGCAUUCAUGCCUACUGCAAGAGGGGUUCUAUCCUAUAGACCCAUCAAAUGGACCCCAUCUUAUAAACCUGUCAUGUGGGUUCCAACUCAUGGAAUUGUCAAAUGGCUCUCACCCUGAAACGUGCUCCGUCCCAUGGACGUUACAAAACUCACCCGCCGGCCUUAGGGCCUCUUGCAGCUGUCAUAAGUUCAAUGAUUCCUUUUCUAUCUUCAAAAUUCCUAGAUUCUUUCCGUUGAAUAUUUCCAUUUAAUUAUGGACGACUUGCGAACAUUUUCCACCCACAUCAUAAGCAAUCUCAAGGAUCUGCCCCAAAAUUAUCUUCAGAAGUUCAAUGCUGCAGUGGUUGGAGUGACUUCCUUGACACUUGGGUUUGCCCUGAUAUGACCUGAACUAAGCUCACUCAGGUGAUCUAGGGAAAUGGCUAUGGUUGAGUGUGGAGCUGGCACGUUUUGCCAAAAGUGCACUCUGACCCUCCAUUGACCUGUCGGAAAAUUAAAUGUGUGGUUAUUCGACCUUGUCAAUUAGUUUUAGUUAGAUGGUCGAUAACUUCAACAUGGUAUCAGGGCCGAUGCCAGAAUGUAGCAUAAGAAAAUGGAUGGCAGCUGAGCAACACUAGAUGUGGAGAAGGAAGUAGACGAUCGAGGUAAGGAAGAGGGAGACUUUGCGACAGGUGACUGUGGGCCUGAUCCCAUUUUGUGGUUUCUAUCUGGCUUUGGGCUGAGCCAGGGCUGGGGCCUACCUCGCUAUCAUAUCACCCCUAGACCCAUAUAAUUUAUCUCAAAGUAAUUAAAGAGAAGACUUGCAAAUGCCCACAAAACAAUUCACAAGACCCAGUAUCUAAAUUUCGUAAAUGAUGCCAAACCUUGGCCCACCGAUGUAUGUUUAUCAAUGUGUGGUUAGGCCUGGGCUUGCUACUGCCCAUCCCAUCCCAUUGACCUCCCAUUUGACUUCCUAGAUUCUGUGCAAAUGGUCUGAUAUACUGCACUGAAUUCUCGUAUUUCAGGUAUGGAACCUCCAUGAGCGCGAUGAUCUGCUGUCAAUUGUUGACGCUGAGUUGGAUGGGGACUUCAACCCUGAGGAAGCCCACAGAUUCCUGAAGGUUGGCCUGCUCUGCACUCAAGAUUCCCCACAGCUACGCCCGGCAAUGUCAGCCGUCGUCCAGAUGCUGACUGGCAAGAAGGUUGUGAGUCUGGAGACCAUAAAGCCUGGGUUCAUCUCCGACUUCGGGGACCUCAAGGUAAAGGGUGAGGAGUCCAAGGUGGUCACUCUAAACACAACUUCCUGUGAGUUCUUGAAGACAGAGAAAUCCUCAGCUCUGAAUAGUUUCACACAUGCAUCCAUCACUUUCACUGCAAUCUGCGAUCGGGAAGACUGA